UCUCAUCUUCCCACCUUUUUGUCUCCAUGAGACGAGGAUUAUAGAGCACAGAUGUUCUACCAAAUAUACUUGUCUGUCUUGGUGCAAAUGAUGCUAGUUUUUAAUGAAGAAAUAGAUUAAAAUGUCACUACUGUUAUUUGACUGAAUGUGUUGUCAUCAGUAGCAUAAGAUGUGACAGAACCUUAGGUGUGGGUGGUUAACACUUAUUUUCCAUUUGUAUCACAAUCAUAUUUCCAUAUGUUCCCAUAAAUUAAAAAGAAUACAUUGAAUUUUCCUGGGGACAGAGGGCCAUGACUGUGUGCAAUCAACUGAAAUGGAACUUACCAUGCAUCUGUGCAUCGCAGCGUACGAUGACGUAGCCUUGUCAGUGUGCCUGAACCUUGAGAUUCCUUGUUUGAUUAGUUUUGAUCACAUGGUGAUAAAAGUUUUAAUUAUCUUUUACACGCAGCAGUUUUCCCAGGAGCUGUCAUUGUGACUUUGAAUAAUUUCUGGAGUACUUUUCAUUGCCUUAGACGAGGUGGUGCUGUAUGGUGUAGAGUGGGAGAAGUCUGUACACCACAGCAGUAUUUUCAGUCUCAUUGACCUCAGCCACACGUUUUGGUGUUUUUAGGAGAGGUUCUGGUGCUGGGCUGGUGGUGCACCCAGCCAGAGAGCUGGGGAGCAGGCACUGUACCCACCUUUCAGGUGCAGUUUGCUUCACCUUCUGGGCUGCCUGCAGGUGCAGGGGCAGGAGGAGGUGGAGCUACUGCUGGUUUGGGUGUUUCAAGCAAGCAGGAGUGAGCUGGCAAGAGCACUGAGUGAGUGGAGUCAUUGCUCUCAGCUUCAGGGAAACAAUAGAAUGUCAGUUAAAGGAAAAACCAGACGUGGUUCUUCUGCAGAAUACCUCGGCUCUAAGGGCGUAAAGCUUUUCAUAAAAACUGGGGAGUUUUGAUUUCAUGGUGCAUUUUCUGUUUAACAAUUUCAGCAAACAGAUGUCCUUUUGGUUGGGCUCAGUAUUUCCAUUGCUACCUUGUUUUUAUGUAUCUGACAUAGAAAGUUCAAUGUAUCAACAUACAUUUUCUUGGGGUUGUUUAUAAUGUGUCUAUUCAUGCCCAAGGAUCCAGAAAUUCUAUUUGAAUCAAUCGGUAUGUAAAUCAUUCUCUGCUUUGAAAAGAUAGGAGAUCAUUUCUCCAGCAGUAAUUUAAUCAUAGCUUGUUUUUUGUAAAUCCACAAUACCCUGGCCUAAAUUUAAUUCAAAGUUUAUGUUUCCUAGCUACAGUUCUGGUACUUCAGUUGCCAUGAGUAGAAACACCAUAAAUUAAAAAAAAAAAAAAAGUGGACAGUAAUGGAGAUCUUUUUUGGGUUAAAGAUAGGACAGAACCCCCAAGAUUUUGUUUUCAGGCAUUUGUACGAGACUAACUAAAAAUCUGCCAAGUCAUGCUGUUGUCCAGCACAGAUUUUUGGCCAACACAAGUGUAUCAUGAAAUGUUUUUUGUACUUACUGAUCAGCUGAAAACCUGAGAGUUGGGGCUCAGUUGCUUUGGCAUCUAUUCCUUUGGCCACAAUUAAUUUCCCAUUAGGUAUUCCGCAGAAUGACCAAUGUUUACCUUAGGUUAACCAAAACCUUGGGUUUGUUGGUAUUGGUUGAAUUCAGAGUGUGGACUUAAGCUUGUAAAGAUGCCAAUUGCACGCUUUGAUAUCUGACUAAAUGAUUUUGAUUGGCGAAGAACUUCACUCCAGUUUUUUACUGGUUUGAUCCAUUCAAAUACAAAUUCCUAUAGCAAGGGCCUGUCCUAAGCUGUGGCAGUGGAGCAGUCUGGUGUCAGGGUCAGAGAAUGAGCUGCCACAUACCUGGGAAUCUGUUUUCCAGCCUGUCAGUUGAAGCUCUUGACAAACAAUAAACAAGAGCUGCACCUUGUUAUGCCUCUCUGCCUUCAAAGAGGUUUUUCUGGUUAAAUAGUGAGAUGGUAUUAACUUAGGGUGUGAAUACAAGUUUAAGUGCUGUGCUGUGAAUCUCUCGUGUCUUUGCUGGCUGGAAUGUCGCUGGGUUUUCUGCUUUGUUGUCCGAUGUCAGGGACAGCUAUGCCUUUGCAUUCCGUGUGUGUCUCUGUGUAUGGAGGGAGGUGCCUGCCUACCUGGAGCAUUAACGGUGGGACAUCGUUCUCAGCUUUGCCCUUGGUUUCAGGUGUCUCCUGUGGGCAACACACAGUGCACCUAGGAAAGGCACGUUUAUUCCAGAACAGCCUUUGGGAGGACUCUCGUCCUGACUCGGUGGAGGUUCCUCUCCCUCUUCCCCCCAGCCCCUCAUCCCUCCUCGGCGCGGCAGCCCACCCAGGAGGGCAUCAGUAUCAGCCCUCUCCGGUGCGCCGGGGAAGUUGCUGACAUGCCUGCCGCUGGGUCCCGGUGCAGCGGCAGCGGCGGGGAGCCGGAUUUAAAGGGGAAUUGUGCUGCAGACAAUGCACAGCAGCAGCAUCUGGAGCAGCCCUGGGGACUGGAGCUCCGGUUUUGACAUUGCUGCACACACAGCACCAGCCGCAAUGACAGCAGCUGCCUGGAGUGGCUGCAGGCAGCAGGCAGGAGCAUGAAGUAGAGAGAUCACUGCAGUGCUCAAGAUGAACUCCUCUUUGGUUGGCAACCAGAGUGGCCGGCCCUUCUGUCUCCUGGCCAUUAGCUAUUUGGAGACCAUCAAUUUUUGCCUCCUGGAAGUGGUUAUUAUUGUAUUCCUCAUGGUGCUGAUUAUUUCGGGCAACAUUAUUGUGAUAUUUGUCUUUCACUGUGCACCUCUGCUGAACCACCACACCACCAGCUACUUCAUCCAGACUAUGGCGUAUGCUGACCUCCUGGUGGGCGUGAGCUGUCUGGUGCCUUCUUUGUCUCUGCUGCACUAUCCUAUUGUUUUAAGUGAGUCCUUGGUUUGCCAAAUCUUUGGUUAUGUGGUAUCAGUGCUGAAGAGCGUCUCCAUGGCCUCCCUGGCCUGCAUCAGCAUUGACAGAUACAUUGCCAUCACGAAGCCCCUGACCUACAACACGCUGGUUACCCCGUGGAGGCUGCGGAUCUGCAUAUUGACCAUUUGGCUCUACUCCUGCCUGGUCUUCUUACCCUCCUUUCACUGGGGAAAGCCUGGAUAUCACGGGGAUGUGUUCCAGUGGUGCGCCAAUUCCUGGAACACCGAUCCCUAUUUCACCCUCUUCAUUGUGGUGAUGCUCUACGCCCCGGCCGCUUUCAUCGUCUGCUUCACCUACUUCAACAUCUUCCGCAUCUGCCAGCAGCACACCAAGGAGAUCAACGAGCGGCGCGUGCGCUUCAGCUCGCAGGACGGGGAGGCCGGGGAGGCCCAGCCCUGCCCGGACAAGCGCUAUGCCAUGGUCCUCUUCCGCAUCACCAGCGUCUUCUACAUCCUGUGGUUGCCCUACAUCAUCUAUUUCCUGCUGGAGAGCUCCAAUGUCUACAGUAACCGCGUCGCGUCCUUCUUGACCACUUGGCUUGCCAUUAGCAACAGUUUCUGCAACUGUGUCAUUUACAGUCUCUCCAACAGUGUCUUUCAGAAGGGGCUGAAGCGUCUCUCGGGGGCCAUCUGUGCCUCGUGUGCUAGACAGAGGGUAGCUAAGGACUCCUCUACCUCUAGGAGCAAAAGAUCUCCCAAUGGAUGUCAUGUCUAGGACGCCUGUCAGCUGGACUGGGAAGUGCAGGGACAAUUGCGUAGAUUGCAAAAUAACUUAGAUAUGAUUUUAAAAUAACCAGAUUUGCAAAAAGGUUUCUGAGAAAUGCUGCUGACAUAGAAGGAUCAGGAGCACAUAUCGUUGUGGUUUCAGUUUAAAAAAUGAUUGCUGUGGAGGAGGCUGCGGAGUUUCACCUCCACAUUCAUUUUAAAGAAUAAAGCUGUAUCUUGACACUUA